AGCCUUUUUGCUGCUCGCGGGCCAACGAGCAGAAUUGGCGCUUUAAAAAUGGCGGACCCCGUCUGAUCGGCCAGCAUCUCCGGUAACGCGAUGGCAGAGUCGAGUAACACCGUGGAAACGUCUGUAACGGAAUCUACGAAACGGAAGGAAAAAAUUUAUGCCGCAGUAUUUCUGGGUACCGUCGCAAGUAUUUCUGCCCUUACCGGGUUUGCCAGGACAGUGGCGGCAACCAGGAGGCAAGACCCAAAACACUUUGGAGAUGGGAUUUCUGGUAUAAAAGGGAUUCGUGAAACUGGAGCCUCGUUAGCUAUAAGAGCCCUUGGCUGGGGCACAUUUUAUGCCCUCACAGGAUGCGGCUUAUUUUUUUAUGGGAUCUGGAAGCUCUCUGGAGCUACUAAUGCGGAGGAAUUCAGAUUAAAGAUGGGCUCGCUGUUACCAAAAAUACCUAAGAAUAAUCCACCCCAGAGCAGAACAGAAUUUGAAGGCUUGACAGAUUUGUUGAGAUAUAUUUCUGAAGAUUGGGGACAAAACAAGGAGGAAUAAACAUGAUGUGAUUACUGGUCUUUGGUGACUUAAUACUGAAUUGCGUCGACUGAGGAUCAUACGAUUGCGUAAUUCACGGGUUUACUGCAUGCAUGAGUAGUAUGAGGUCUUGUGUCAAACAGAUCUUAUAGAAUCUUUAAAUUAAAAUGACUGUUGAAUAUUAACUGUGGAAGAUUUUGUAUAUUUCGUGUAUUUACUAUUAAACUUAUUUAAGAUGAA